AAAAUCUCGAUGAAAUGUUGCAACGUUUCUGGAGCAUUGAAUAUUCCAAUGAAGCAGACGACGUAUAUACAGAGACAGAAAAAUAUUGUUUACAACAUUUUAAAAAUAACAUAAAACGAUCAGCUGAUGGAAAAUAUAUUGUUUCAUUGCCGUUUGAUUUAGAGAGCGGUAAAUUGGGCAAUUCAAAACGUGCAGCUAUGGCACAAUUUUUGCAAUUGGAGCAACGUUUCAGAUCAAAUGAUGGCCACAUGAAAUUGUGUGAGCCAACUUUAGAAUCUGAGUCUUUUUAUUUACCACAUCAUGCUGUUUUUAAAGACAGCACAACGACCAAGCUACGAACAGUUUUUGAUGCAAGUCGACCAACUAGCACAGGAAUUUCAUUAAAUGAUAAGCUAUUGGUUGGUCCCAAAUUGCAAGAAAAUUUAUUUAAUAUAAUGUUACGAUUUCGAAUUCAUAGAAUUGCUUUCACCGCGGACAUUGCUAAAAUGUAUCGACAGAUUUGGAUGGAUGAGAGUCAGUGCGAUUAUCAAAAAAUAUUGUGGCGAUGGAAUGAAAACGAAGACAUCAAAGAAUAUCGAUUGACAACGAUUACAUAUGGCACGAGCCCAGCUCCGUUUUUAGCCACAGCGGUGGUAAAAUAUCAUGCUGAAAAUUCAUAUAUGGAUGACGUGUCUUCGGGUUGCGAUGAUGUAAACACAGCGAUAAGAUUACAGAGAGAGAUUACUGCAAUUUUAGCUGAAGCUGGAAUGCCAUUACGAAAAUGGGCAACAAAUAAUUUGGAAUUUUUGAAUAAAAUUCCUUUGGAGCAUCGCGAAGGCGCACCAUUAAAUUUCGAUGUAGACAAUGAGUCAUCGAUUUCGACUUUGGGUAUGAGCUGGAACUGCAAAGAUGAUAAGGUCAGUUUUGUUGUUAGACUCAAGAAUCCAUUACAACAUUAUACAAAACGACAAAUUUUAUCUGAAAUUUCGAGGAUGUAUGACCCAAUCGGCUUAUUGUCACCAAUCGAUCGAUGGAUAAAAUAUAGACCGAAUUGCAGGGUCGAAUUGCAUGGUUUUGCUGAUGCGUCAGGAAAAGCAUACGGUCCAGCGAUUUACAUCAAAGUGUAUUUAGAAAAUAAAGUUUACGUAAAUAUUAUUGCAUCGAAAUCGCGAAUUGCACCGAUAAACAAAACAGUGACAUUGCCAAAACUGGAGCUUUGUGCAGCACAUCUAUUGACAAAGUUGAUGACAGAGGUGAAAAAGUCUUUAAAAAUAAAUAUAGCUGCAACAAAAUAUUAUUCUGAUUCUGAAAUCACUAUUGCUUGGAUUAAAUCAACGAAGAAAAAAUACAAGCAGUUUGUUGCAAAUAGAGUGAAUGAAAUUCGAGAAGUCAGCGAGCCAAGUGAAUGGUUUUGGAUCGGAACGAAAGAGAAUCCAGCUGAUUUUGUUUCACGUGGUUUGUUGCCAAGUCAAAUUAUAAAUAAUGAAAUGUGGUGGCACGGUCCGAAAUGGUUGUUGGAAAACGAAAAUAACUUUCAAGAAGUGAAUCUUGAUGUUGAUUCUGAAGUGAAAAAAAGACAUUAA